GACAGACAGACAGACAGACAGACAGACAGACAGACAGACAGACAGACAGACAGACAGUGAAGUUAUUGGUCCUGCUCUGUGACAUCAUAUGUGAAUAAAAGGUGACAUCAUCAGGACAUCCUGGAGAAGCUCAGUUCCCUCCACCCGUUGCCGGGGGUGAUUCUGGAGUGGAGGAGGAUCACCAACGCCUUGACAACGGUGGUGUUUCCCCUGCAGAGAGAGAAACGACAUCACCCCCUGCUGGUUAUGGAUAGAAUACAUCCUGUCUCCCAGACACACACUGCUACAGGCAGAGUGAGCUUCACAGAGCCAAACAUCCAGAACGUUCCGAAGGACUUUGAGAUCCAGAUGGCCUCUGUGGUGGAGGAGAGCCCGCCCUCACAAGAUGGACGCCGGACAGGUCGGGGCCGUUCCAGGCUGAUCAGACCUCCAGCUCCUCCUCCUGAAGGGGCCGUGGCCUUCUCCGUCAGCAUGAGACACGCCUUUGUUCCUUUCACAGGAGGGAUGGUAUUAGCAGCAGAUUAUUCCCAGUUGGAGCUCAGAGUGUUGGCUCACCUCUCUAAGGAUAAACGUCUGCUACAGGUGUUGAAUGGAGGAGCUGAUGUGUUCCGCUGUAUCGCUGCUGAGUGGAAGAACAUUGACCUGGAGACUGUAGACGACACCCUGAGACAACAGGCUAGAGCAG